UGCAGAGAGACACACAGACUGAAGAACAGACGAUCAGAUUCACCUUCAGACCAAACUAACAACUUCCUCUGAGUGAGUUCAGCUAAAACUCCAACACUGCUGCUUCAACCUGCUGACACUCCACACACUGAAGCUUCACUCAGAGACUAAAUGGCUUCCAGAUCAGAGGAGGAUCUCUGCUGUCCGGUCUGUCAGGACGUAUUUAGACAUCCUGUUGUUCUGUCAUGUGGCCACAGCUUCUGUAAAGACUGUCUGAAGAGCUGGUGGAGACAGAAACAAGCAAGUGAGUGUCCAGUUUGUAAGACAGUCUCUUCAACUGCAAAACCACCAUGUAACCUGGUGUUAAAGAACCUGUGUGAGGCCUUCUUAUUGGAGAGAGAUCAGAGAGCUUCAGAGGCUCUCUGCAGUCUGCACUCUGAGAAACUCAAACUCUUCUGUCUGGACCAUCAGCAGCCAGUGUGUGUCGUCUGCAGAGAUUCAGAAAAACACACCAAGCACAGAUUCAGACCCGUCGAUGAAGCUGCACGACAACACAAGAAGGAACUUGAGGAAACUCUGGAGCCCUUAAAGGAGAAGUUAAAGGUUUGUGAACAAGUUAAAGUGAAGUGUGAACAAACAGCAGAACACAUGAAGGUCCAGGCCCGACGCACAAAGAGGCAGAUUAAGAAGCAGUUUAAGAAGCUUCACCAGUUUCUAGAAGAGGAAGAGGAGGCCAGGAUGGCUGCACUGAGGGAGGAAGAGGGGCAGAAGAGUCAGAUGAUGAAGGAGAAGAUGGAGGCUCUGAGCAGAGAGAUAGCAGCUCUUUCAGACACAGUCAGAGCCACAGAGGACGAGCUGAGAGCUGAAGACGUCUCAUUCCUGCUCACCUACAAGGCUGCAGUGGACAGAGUCCAGCAGCGCCCCCUGCUGGAUGAUCCACAGCUGCUCUCAGGAGCUCUGAUAGACGAGGCCAAACACCUGGGCAACCUGACCUUCAACAUCUGGAACAAGAUGAAGGACAUGGUCUCCUACACUCCUCUCAUUCUGGACCCAAACACUGCUCAUCCAAACCUCAUCCUGUCUGAAGAUCUGACCAGUGUGAGACGAGGACAGAGACAGCAGCUUCCUGAUAAUCCAGAGAGGUUUGAUGAAUACUGCUGUGUCCUGAGCUCUGAGGGCUUUAACUCAGGGACUCACAGCUGGGAUGUCGAGGUUGGAGACAAUACAGCCUGGUCACUGGGUGUGUUAGCAGAGUCUGUCCAGAGGAAGGGACGCAUACAGUCUGGAUUAUGGGUAAUAUGGCUCCAUAAAGAUAAAUACUCAGCACUGUCACCAUCAGGUCCACUCACUGAUCUCGUAGUGCAGAAGAAGCUCCAGAGGAUCAGAGUGAAUCUGGACUGGAACAGAGGAAAGCUGUCGUUCUCUGAUCCUGAUACUAACACACACAUACACACCUUCACACACAUUUUCACUGAGAGGAUGUUUCCAUUCAUUUACAGUGUUUAUCAACUGAAGAUAUUACCACUGAAGGUGCGUGUGACAGUGGAACAGAGCAGUUAG